CACAGAUGGUUCCUCAAGAAAGAUGGCGGAAUGCGACUGGGAAGAAAUGUUCCUUCGUAGUGAAUACGAUGGUCCAAUUUUACCGUGGGAUCGUUUUAGAAGAUGGGUUACAUGCUUUUGUAUUGUGACGUUUGACUUAGAGCUUGGUCAAGCGUUAGAGUUGGUUUAUCCCGAACAUAUUGAACUAACAGACCGUGAGAAAACAAGCAUCUGUUAUCUGGCCUUUCCUGACUCAAACUCAGGAUGCAUGGGAGAUACCCAGUUUCAUUUCCGCAUCAGAUGUAGUCCUCGUAGUUGCCAGCGGAGCCAACUUGUGACAAGAUUUGAAGAUGAAGUUCCACUAGCAUAUAGGAGUGACCCUGCUCAUUUUUAUGGCUUUGCAUAUUUCCGUCAAGUUAAAGAUCCUUCUAUUCAGAGGGGUUACUUUCAAAAGUCAGUUGUAUUGAUUUCAAGGCUGCCCUACGUCAACCUGUUCUCAGAAGUGGUUCAGCUCAUAGCUCCAAGCUACUUUGAGAAUGGAGAACUCUCCUUAGAGACAGUUUGUCAUGAUAUUGAUCAGUGGCCCUACCCUGAGGCUGGACACACCCUGCAGCUACCCCUGAUGGGAAAUGUCAUGCAGGUUCGAGUUCCAUCAAGAGGGGACAAACCAGGAGCUGUUUCCUCACCAGACCAUCCUCUUCCUAAUCAUAUUGUGCCACAGAUGCCAUCUCCUAAGGUUAUCCCAACUCUGAAGGACCCAGACAUCUUUAGAUGCUUGCAAUCGGUUCUUCCACAUAUUCAUCUCUUAUGGGAGUUAGCAUUGACCAAUGAGCCUAUUGUUGUGAUGGCUCCUUCACCUACAAUUUGUUCAGAGACUGUUCAAGCUCUUGCAAGUUUGAUCUCACCGUUACACUACUGUGCAGAUUACAGACCGUUCUUCACUAUUCAUGACACAGAGUUUAAGGAAUAUACCACAAGAACCCAAGCUCCGCCAGGAGUCAUUCUUGGGGUCACAAAUCCUUUCUUCGCCAAAACUCUUCAACACUGGCCGCACAUGGUCAGAAUAGGAGAAAUGUCAAAUCUUGUUAUAUCAUCAAGGAGAUCUCCCGGUGUUGGUCAAAAUGCCAAAAGAACGUUGUCGUCAAAGCCAGGAAUUUACACAAAGUACAAGCAAUUUCUAUCAAAGGAUAAACUUAUAUUUAGAAGACUAAGCAAGGGUAACCAUCCAAAAAGACCUCCGGAAGUUCAGAAUGCCAUUUUAAGGAGACACAUGUUAGAACUUACACAGAGCUUCAUGAUUCCACUGGAAAGAUAUGUUGCUAGUCUUAUGCCUCUGCAGAGAAGUAUCUCUCCUUGGAAGCAUCCUCCUAGAUUGCAGCCUUUUGAUGCAGACGAAUUUCUCACAACUUUGGAGCAUUCUGGACCACAGUUGACAUCCAGGUUGAAGGGGAACUGGGUAGGACUGUACAGGAAAUUUUUUAGAUCUGCAAACUUUGAAGGUUGGUUGAGACAUCGGCAACAAGAGAUAAGACAGAAGCUGGAACUUCUUCAUCUAGAAGCCCUUGGAAAGGCUGAUGUUGUAGGUUGGAUAAAAGACAAGCAGGAAGUUGAGACAGUUGAUCUGUUCUUACAGAUAAAAGAGAAGCUGGCUGGUUCAGCGUCUCUGUACCCUCCUGUGAGCCUUGAUGUCAAACAACAGUUGAAAGGUCACCUUUCAUCAAUUAUCAGAACUCUUCCUGAAGACCUUCAGUUUGUUUUGAAGAAUAGCUAACAACAAAGACUUAUUCACAAGGAGUACUCUUCGGUUGCAUGGAGAAAUACGCCUUCAAAAACAACAUUGCGUUUCCAAUGGGGAACUGCUACUAUAUUCACCUGCACCACUUAAAUCAUUUCCAACUUUGUGAUGCAUACAUAAAGGGGGUUCAUCAUUAACUCUGUAGGCACUUUUAAACAUUACAGUAAAAUUUUAUUUUUUCUAAGAAAACAAUUGCUUUUCGCACGAGAGAGGUGGAUGUGAAAUUUAUUUUGCCUUUUAAAAUGUGAUAUAAAAGUUAAAUAAAUGUAUCAUAAAUUCUUUAAACGGCCAAUCAGAAGAGUAGAAAAUACCUUUAAAAGCCAAUGAGAGCCUAACAAGAAAAAUACCCACAGCGCGGGAAAAAUGUGGGCGACCAAGUCGUCAGCGGUUUCAGUUUUACAUUUUAUUGGUUAAGAGAGAGGCGCGAGUUUUCUGGACCAAUCACAAAAAGAAGUAGAGUAACACCAAAGAAGUCUCGGAUUACUUCGACACUCCAUUGAAAAAAUGCCCUUUCUCGUUACAAAAAGUUAAUAUUAAAGAAAGAAUUAUUUAUGGUGGACCCGACCUUGAAACAACUAAAUGACAAUAUUUUGAUGAAUUUUCUUAUGGAGCGUCUGAAAUAUUUCGUGAUGAUUAAUAAGUGUUGUAGAUUUCUGUGUAAAUAAUGUGUAAAGUCUAUUUUUGUAAGUGGGAAGUUUUUAUUUUGGAAAUGGCGUAGCAUGUAAUUACAUUUUAAAGAUUUAUUAGCUCGGACAUUUGUUUCCAACAAUGACAACUGUUGGCAACAGUGCUGUAUGUUUUAUUUUUAUACGUUCAUGUUUAAGGAUAUCUCCACCUUAGGAACAAAAUUGUUAGUUAUGUGAUCCGAAACGUAGAUUUGCUGUAAAAAGAGGGAAGUAAGUACACACGUGCAGUAUAACAUUAAAUAGAAUUGUCAGCCAUUUCGAAUUUU